AUGCUCACGCAGUGGUUCGACCUCUCGCGCACCGAGGACCCCGCGUACCUGGCGGACCGCCAGCUCAAGGGUCUCGCCGAGUCGGCCGCCGAGAUCCUGGCCGUGAUCCGGGACGAGCUCGGCCGCGUGCCGCCGCAGAAUCUCGUGCUUGGCGGGCUGAGCCAGGGGUGCGCGAUGGCGCUGGCGGUGCUGCUCUGCUUGGACCAUCCCAUCGGCGGGUUCAUUGGGAUGAGUGGCUUUUUCGUGUUUGAGUCUGGUAUAAACAUGGUGCUUGACGAUGACGACGACGGCGAUGACGACUUUGACCCGUUCUCGGGCGGUGAUGAGACAAGGAACAGGAAAAGCCCGAUUCGGGCCCAAGAGUAUGAGAGGGAGCUUCUGUGCUUGGAUCCAAUCAGCGAACCAUCCGUACAGAGAACUGCACAUCGUACACCAUUCCUCCUGGGGCACGGUGCUGAGGACGAAAAGGUUCCUAUUCGCUUAGGAGAGUCCGGCGGCAGUCGUACGCGCCGCAGGGUACGAUGUGGAGUGGAAGCGAUACGAAAUCCAAGGGCAUUGGUAUAA